CUGCCGACUAGCAAGGGAAUUCCACCAGUCGCCUUUCCUCCGGCUUCGCCCAACUUCCACAGAAAAGUUUCUGCGCGCCUCAUCACUUAAGGCCUUGGUCGGACGGGAAGCAGCCUAAACCAGAGCUGGUCCAGUAGUGCAGGUGCUCGUUCCAAACGCUGAAAACGACACUGCCCAUGAAAGAAGUUGAUGUGACUUAGUUGGCGGCAGGUUUUAAGAAAUCUUGAGGGACGAACCUUGACGAUUGGGGAAAAGAUUUUGGAAUAUACGUGAGUUGGCGCGUGAGAGAGGAGAAGGUCAAAAUGAGGGGCUACUUAACCAAGGAGUAUAUAACUGGGCUGUAUGACAAAUUCGAUGAAAAAAUCCACGACCCCAAAUCACAAAGACGAUUGGUUCUCUUGGUGGUCUGUAUAGCACUGCUUCUUGAUAAUAUGUUAUAUAUGGUUAUAGUGCCCAUUAUACCAAAUAUCCUUUCACCAAAAGGAGCUCAGGUCACUUCGAAAGUAGAUGACCUUCCCAAAGUGAACUAUUCUAAUUGUAACUAUACAGCAACUGGAACCACAUUUUCUUAUUGUAACUACACUCUAGUUGGAAAUAGUUCAAAGAGGCACUAUGUAGUGACAAAACCAAAGGAAAGGCGAAUCCUUGAUCUUCCCCCACCCCCAAUUGACAUGGGAGCGAAUGACGCAGCAAUUGGGGUGUUGUUUGCUUCUAAAGCUAUUCUACAGCUUAUAGUGAAUCCGUUCACAGGAACUCUCAUUGACAGGAUCGGAUAUGACACGCCAAUGAUGAUAGGUUUAAUAAUCAUAUUUCUAUCCACGACAACUUUUGCUUUAGGGGAAAGUUAUGCUGUUCUCUUCGCGGCUCGCAGUUUACAAGGUCUUGGUUCAGCAUUUGCCGACACUUCCGGUUUGGCCAUGAUAGCUGAUCGUUUCACCGAAGAAGCAGAAAGAACUAAAGCCCUGGGUAUCGCUUUAGCCUUCAUAUCAUUCGGUUGCUUGGUGGCCCCGCCCUUCGGCGGGGUACUGUAUGAAUUCGCGGGUAAGGUGGUCCCCUUCAUGCUCCUUGCAUUGCUCUCACUACUUGACUGUUUGUUGCUGUUUUUCCUCAUGAAACCCAUGCGUGCUAAGCGAGCUUUGAUGACACAAGAGGAACGCCCGCAGGGUACCCCAAUUUACCGUUUACUGAUGGACCCGUACAUCGCUGUUACAGCAGGAGCCUUAGCUAUGUCCAACGUAUCUCUGGCUUUCCUGGAACCCACCAUAUCCAUAUGGAUGAAGGAAACCAUGGACGCCUCUGCUUGGGAGAUGGGUUUUGUAUGGCUGCCGGCUUUCAUCCCACAUAUUACAGGUGUAUACUUGACUGUGAAGCUGUCUAGGAAUUAUCCCAAGUACAUGUGGUUAUUGGCAGCUGCCGGACUAGCUAUGGAAGGUUUAUUCUGUGGGAUAAUCCCAUUCGCAAAAGCCUUUGGUGUCUUAAUAGCUCCAAUCAUGGGCAUCUGUUUUGGGAUUGCAUUAGUGGAUACAGCGCUUUUGCCUACAUUGGGCUACCUUGUUGAUGUCCGCCAUGUUUCCGUGUAUGGCAGUGUCUACGCCAUUGCGGACAUAUCCUACUCGUUGGCCUACGCCUUUGGUCCCAUCCUGGCAGGGAGCAUUGUGGUCUCGAUCGGUUUUCUUUGGCUGAACAUGCUGAUAAUGAUCAGUAACGUAGUCUAUGCGCCGGCCCUAUAUGCUCUCAGAAACAUGUAUCUGUACAAACCUUUCGAUGAUGAGAACGACAUGUUGGUAGAUGAGCCUCAAAGUAAGCAUUACCAAACUUACAUGCGCAAUGAUUCAGUGGGUGAACCACCUAUCGACGGAAAAGAAGACAAAAUCCAGCUGUCCAUGGGGGACGACCCUUACAACUGGCCUCCCAGCAAGCGUGUUAGGCAGCAAGAUGAGGCUGGGGGCAGAGACGGAUUUUUCUAUCAACAAUACAAUGUUCGUUAAAAUUCCAUAAAUGUAAAUUUAGUAAUAAUUCCUGUGACAUUGAAAGUUCACCAAGAAAAUGUUUUCGCCUCGGAACGCAUAAGUUCUUGGUAAUUGCUAUGAAGUUAUGGACUGAUUCCGAAAGGUGAUUGUUUUCUCAUUUAAAUGCUGCCAUCUUGCUUUUAGAUAAAAAACUUUUUCUCUUAAGACGAAUUCAGAUGGACGUUCAUGAGAAGUCAUGUCCAACAAAACUACUGCGGCCAGUUUCGCAAAACUUCGUACACAUAUUUCAAUCCCUAAGUUACGCCCCCUCACGGAGAUAAAACAUAGGCUGCGUAUACUUAAGGAGAAAAUAUGAGGAAGAAUUUUUACGAAAGCGAAACCGGAUGCGUAAAUGUAUUGGAAUUUGACAGUGAAUGUACAGAAAGAAAACCGCAUACAGGCGGGUGUUCACUUGUCUCGAAUAAUAUAUGGCAUCAUUUAUGUAUAACGGAAUCAUUUGACUCAAUUCAAUAACCACAAGAAUUGCCUUUGUGCAAAUUAUAAUAUUGUAUCUAUAUGUGUUAUUUCAUAAAUAUUAUGUCUAUUGCUUGAUCUAUAUAAUUUUUCCUUGAUGUUAAAUAUAAGAUGUUUCCUGUUUCCACAAUUUUAUUACAUAUUCUAUUGCGAUAAGUU